AUGAAGAAAUUAGCGAUUCCCUUCCUUCUCCUCGCCGUCGUUUGGACCGUCGCACCGACCACCCACGCGUCGCGCGUUUUAAAGGCCGCCACGCCAGAAUCGUGGGAUUCGCCGCCGGCGGUGGUGGUAGGGGUCAACUAUCUGCCGGCUCGUGCGCGAAGAGAGCUCGCGACAACGAACACGGCUGUCGGAGGCUCAUUUGGCGACAUUAGCGAAAAUCCCAGCAGUAAUGGUAACGCCCCGACGACAAGUCGCACGCGACGAGUUCUAGCGAGCGACUACUUUUACGAGGAAGAAGAUAGCGGCGACAGCGGCGCAUCGAACGGCGACGACUACUCGAGCGGCGCGUGGGAGCCUCCCAGGCCUCAAUCGGGCUAUGUCGGCUCCCCGUAUACGGGCACGGAGCCCUUUAUGGGCGACUGGGUUCCAGUAGACGACUCGUCUUCCACAGGCUCCGAUGGUGGCGGCGAGGAAAGCGGCGGGGAAAGCGGGGGCGACUCGAGCUGGCAAGACGAGCCGCUAACAAGCGAUUUCAGUGACGGCGGCAGCGGCGAGGAAAACGGCGGCGAUGGCGGCGGGACCUGGGACGACCUAUGGAGCAAGUGGGGAUGGGGUUCGUCUGACGAGCCGGAUACGAUCAGCGGCGCGGACCCUGGGAACGGCUGGAGCGACGACGGAAGCAGCGGCGGCGACAGCGGCGGCAACGGAUGGACUGGCGAUUCUUCUGAUGGCAGUGGCGGGUCUAGCGACUCGUGGAACGGUGGUUCUAACGACUGGUCGAACGGUGGAACGAGCGGAAGCGGAUGGGGGAACCCGUACCCUGGUAGCAGUUUCACGUCUGGCGGCGCGGGCGAUUCCGUGGUUCCUCUCUACCCAGACGAGGGCUCCGCCUCCUCUCCCCCGUCCCGCGGGUCUCCUGACGCUCCCCUCCCCACGCCCCCCGGCCAUCCAUCCAACGGUCCUCUGCCUCCGAGGAGUCCUCCUCUUACCAAGGGCUCGCCUCCUGCUGCGGUUGAUACCCCCGCCGUGCCCCAGCCGCCGCACGUGCCUGGUGGGCCCACUACCCCUCCUCCCUCUGGCGUUCCCGCUGUUCCCACACCGCCCUCUGAUGCUCCUGCUACCCCUGCUCCUCCCACUGAUGGAACAGUCGUUCCUGCUCCCGCUGACGGCUCUACCUCCCCUAUUUUCCCUCCUGACGGCUCAACCACUCCCGUUCCCCCGCCUGACCGUGCCACCACCCCUCCUCCUGCUGACAGUCCUGCUGACGGCUCUACCACCCCCAUUUUCCCGCCUGGCGGCCCAACCACCCCCGUUCCCCCUCCUAUCGGCGCCACCACCCCUCCUCCUCCUCCUGAUACUCCAACUAACGGCGCCACCAUCCCCGUUCCUCCUAAUAGCCCUGCUGACGGAGCAACCACCUCUGCCCCUCCUGCAGCCUGCGUCAUGGACCAAGGGGCCGUGCAGGCAGCCCUCUCAUGGGCCUGUGGCGCUGGUGGCGCUGACUGCUCUGCCAUCCAGCCCGGCGGCGCGUGUUAUGAGCCGAAUACACUCGCUGCGCACGCGUCGUAUGCGUUUAAUAAGUAUUAUCAGCAGCGCGCGCACGCGCCUGGGACCUGCUUCUUUGGAGGCACGGCUGUAGUGGUGCCGGCUCUGCCUGAUUACGCACCUGAGACUGGAGGCUGCAAGCCGCUCGUGUAUGCAAUCCUCCUGCUCGUCCUCCUCGGCACUCUCGAUGCCGCGCUCGCCCGCCCCAAGAGGGCGCGCCCCAAGCGCGCAAGCCCCGUGGUGUUCAUGGACGGACGGCCGUGGUAUCCUCCCCCGCAACGGUUCCGCCCCAAGCGCGCCAGCCUCGCGCACCCGCUGCUAGACCAGCGCGAACCGUCUCCGCGGAGGUUCCGCCCCAAGCGCGCCAGCCUUGCGCACCCGCUACUAGACCAGCCCGAACCGCCUCCAUUUAGGUUCCGCCCCAAGCGCGCCAGCCUUGCACACCCGCUGCUAGACCAGCGCGAGCCGUCUCCGCGGAGGUUCCGCCCGAAGCGCGCCAGCCUUGUUCACGCGGCCGAGAACGCCCCUAGCGCUCCGCGGAUGUUGCGCGGAGGUGGUGUCGAAAUACUCCGCAAUGGCCCUGUGACUCGCUAUAGCACUGUGGACCCGAAUGAUUAUUAUCCGGACUGGUACACUCCCCCGUCGUACUGGACUGACCUGGGAUACGGUAGCAGCUGGGACUAUGGCAGCGACAUGAGCCCUUACGGCGAUACCUACCUGAACAUGGAUGUGGAUUACAAUGGUUAUGGCGGGUAUGGCGGGUAUGACUCAGGCUAUGGCGGGUAUGGCGGAUGGUACGGGGGGUAUGGAGACUCUGGAUAUUGGUAG